AUGCUGAACAAAAUGAUCUCCUCCCUCCUGCGCCAGACAAUGAGAGGUCGUAGGCUGAAGGGGGCGCUGUCCAACCCCCUCUUUGUGCUGCUUUUGGCCCUUCAGAUCUUGGUAGUGGCUGGGCUGGUUCGGGCUCAGACCUGUCCUUCUGUCUGCUCAUGCAGUAACCAGUUCAGCAAAGUCAUAUGCACCCGCCGCAGUCUACGGGAUGUCCCAGAUGGCAUUUCUACCAACACUCGCUACCUGAACCUCCAGGACAACCUCAUCCAGGUCAUCAAGGUGGACAGUUUUAAACAUCUGCGCCAUCUGGAGAUCCUGCAGCUGAGCAAGAACCACAUCCGCAGCAUAGAAAUUGGCGCCUUCAAUGGGCUGGCCAGUCUCAACACCUUGGAGCUCUUUGAUAAUCGGCUCACGACAAUCCCCAAUGGAGCAUUUGAAUACUUGUCCAAGCUAAAGGAAUUGUGGCUACGGAACAACCCCAUCGAAAGUAUACCAUCUUAUGCCUUCAACCGGGUCCCCUCGCUUCGAAGGCUAGAUCUAGGUGAGCUCAAACGUCUCUCCUACAUUUCUGACGGAGCCUUCAAGGACUUGAGCAACCUGCGCUAUCUGAACCUGGGAAUGUGCAACCUCAAGGAGAUCCCCAACAUCUUACCUUUGGUCAGGCUUGAAGAGCUAGAAAUGUCAGGAAACCAGCUCUCUGUUAUCAAACCCAGCUCAUUUACAGGAUUAGUGAACCUCCAGAAGCUGUGGAUGAUGCAUGCCCAGAUCCAAACUAUAGAGAGGAAUUCCUUUGAUGACCUUCAGUCACUGGUGGAGCUCAACCUGGCUCACAACAACCUCACCUUUCUACCACAUGACCUCUUCACACCGUUGCAUCGCCUGGAGCGGGUCCACCUCCACCACAACCCUUGGAACUGCAACUGUGAUAUCUUGUGGCUCAGCUGGUGGCUGAAGGAAACAGUACCUGCCAAUACCAGCUGCUGUGCCCGUUGCCAUACUCCUGCAGUUUUUAAAGGUCGCUACAUUGGGGAACUGGACCACAGCUACUUCCAGUGUGAUGUUCCUGUCAUUGUGGAGCCACCCAGUGACUUGAAUGUGACAGAAGGCAUGGGUGCAGAGCUUAAAUGUCGCACAAGCUCGCUGACAUCCAUCAGCUGGCUUACGCCAAACGGCUCAUUGGUGACACAUGGGGCUUACAAGGUGCGUUUGUCUGUACUCAAUGACGGGACUCUGAACUUUACUAGCGUCACAAUGCAGGACACUGGGACUUACACCUGUAUGGUCAGCAACACAGCAGGCAACAUUUCUGCCUCCGCUGUGCUUAAUGUCACUUCGGUGGAAAACAGCGGGGUGACCUACUUCACCACAGUCACCGUGGAGACCAUUGAGACCCCGGGAGAUGAUAGCCAAACGCCUCUUCCCCCAUUUGGCUGGGUGUCAUCCUCAACAACAAAAGGUACACCUGUUUCAACCAGGACAACAGAGCGGACUUACACCAUUCCAGUUCUUGAUCUGGAUGGAGAGGGAGCCAUGAAUGGCUUGGAUGAAGUGAUGAAAACCACCAAAAUUAUCAUCGGCUGCUUCGUGGCCAUCACGCUUAUGGCUGCUGUUCUGCUGGUUAUUUUCUACAAGAUGAGGAAACAGCAUAACCAGCAGGAUCCUGAUGGCCCUGCCUCCUCCAUGGAGGUCAUUACUGUUGAAGAAGAGCUUGCAGGUGUCGCUGCCAUGGAGAGACACCUAUCGCUGCCCCCUCUGGAGCACUACAACCACUACAACACCUACAAGAGCACUUACCACCACCCUCCUAUGCUCAGUACCAUACACAGCUCAGCCACACAGGAACCUUUACUGAUUCAAGCCUGCUCAAAAGACAAUGUACAAGAGACCCAAAUCUGA